UUAUUAUACUUUCUCUCCCGCUCAUUCCAACCUCGUAAAACAGUGGAAGUCUUGCCCCACCCCAACCCAAUCUCUCUCCUAAGAAAACCCUAAAAACCCAGCACUCAAGAGGAGAGAAGGUUUUGCAGAGAAAACCCAGAACUUUAACAUUCAUCUGGGGAUCUUCAAAACCUUUUUUGACCUUCAAUUUCGGAAAUUAUUUGCUUCCGGAGUACCCAUUUUUUCACUUAUAAUAUGGAGAGUGUGGGAGUGUCAAACGGGAGCGAUAAUUCUUAUAUUGAUGGGUUAAAACAAGUGGGUAGUGGUGUGAAGGAGAAUGAGAACUUGGGGGAUAAAAUUUUGGAGGAUUUCGAUUCAUAUUUGCAUGAAGAAAUUAAUAAUCGAUUAACAAUAUCAAGGAUGGUGGGUGAUUCUGUCAUUAAGGGAAUAGUGAAUGCUGUUGAACAAGAGGCGGCCGAGAAAAUCACCGCAAAAGAAUUGGAAAUGACUGGUUUGAAGGAGUCCUUGAAAUUUUUUGAUGCAGGUACCGAUAAAAUUGAGUUGUUGACAUCACCAUUGAUGCAUUAUGGGCCAGAGAGUAUAAAUCGUGCACAAUAUGUUUGUAGAAUGGAUGCUUUUGUAGAGCACGACAGGAUGAGCAAGUGUUUGGGUAGCUUGAGAAAUGUGGCAAAAGAUCAGUUUAUGAAGCUCAAGAAAGAGAUUGAUGGCUUGAGAGGGUGUAUUCCCAUUAGGAGAAUUGGUUCUGGUCAGGAGUUGGUGGGAUUGAGUGGUAUUCUAAUAGAGAAAGACUCCGAAAGUUGGGUGGGUGUAGAUAGAAGAAUUAAUGCUUUGAAGACCACUGUGGACACUAUUUGUAUGCAGGCGGAUGAUAUGCUUCUGUUGUCCAAGGCAUCACUUUGCAAGUGGCAGCAGGAGCAGGAGGUUCAAGGAUUACUUGAAGCUAUGGUGAUGCAGAGUGCGAUUAGAAGUCUUCAGGAAGAGUUUGAAGAAAAGUUGUGGGAUCAAAGUUCUCAAUCUUGUGGUGCUCAAUGUGUGAAUUGGCUUGAAAAGUUCAACGAGAUUUCAAGUUUAUGUAAAGAGCUAGAUGCUAUCGUGAAGUUGUUGUCCAAUUCUGAAACUGGGCAGCUAAUCUCUCAUGUGUCUCGUGAUGUGGAUCAUCUUGAACGGAAGACAUUGGGCAAUAAUGGUUCAACUUCCAGUUCACUUAGUGAGGAGAAUGGGAAAUUGGAGGGGUCUAAAACGGAUGUGCCUGAGAGUUUUGAUGCUGCCCAGUUAAAACACCUUUCAAAGGAUGAUAUGGUGACGAAUUUUAACACAAUGAUGACGAUGAUGAGGAGGAGUCAUGACUCUGCUAUGCAAGAGCAGACUGAAAAAUAUUAUAUUCUCAAAAGGGAAUACUUAAAGUUGAGAGAUGUGGGCUCUUCUUUGCCAUUCAAGAAGGAUAAGGAAUUUGACAUAUUGAAGAAAAAGAUCCCAGAAGUCAUUCUGAAAUUGGAUGACAUUCUUGUAGAGAAUGAAAAAUUACUGGCUUUUGGCAACAAUGCUGAGAGUCUUGGCAACCUAAAGGAUAGGCUUGAUAGCCUUCUCUCAGAAAAUCGCCAGCUUAGAUACUCACUUACAGAUAAGAAGAAUGAAGUGAAAUGUCUGUCAUCAAAAGUUUCUGAUGCUGGUGAGAAAAUCUUGCAGCAUUCGUUGACCGAGGGAAACAUGAUAAAAUGGAUACAAAAUCUUAACUCGGCUGUGGAAGAUUCGCAUGUGGAAGCUUCUAUUAGGGAAGAGGUAUAUAGAUGUGUUUCCAGAGAGUUGAGUGGCCAGAUCAGAUGUGACACUCAAGAAUCAGAGAUGGAUUUUAAUAUGAUGCCGGAGAAUUAUGGAAUUAUUCGCAGUGAGGCAGCUCACAAUGCCAAAUCUUCCGGAAAGUGUGCAGUUGAAGAUUCAGAUAUGGAAUUAUCUAUCGUGCAGGAGGUCUUGGGAGUUAUGUUUGGAGAAGCCAUGAAGGAUGCUGAGGGCAAACUUGAGGAAUUGUACGGGGAAUAUUUGGUUGAAUAUAUAAGUCGAAUUUCCCUUGAAACAAAAACAUUGGAAAAUGUAAAUGAAUUAAGGUUGGAAGUUACAGAAAAGGAAGGAUUGAAGCAAGAGUUACUUUUACUGGAAAUGUCUAUGAAAGAAAAAGAGAAGCGUGUGUUGGAAUUAUCAGCUACCUUGCUGAAACAAGGGGAGCAGUUGGAACUAGCUUCUCAGGAGCUUAAUAAUUUAAGAGGCUAUGAAAGCCAGCAGCAAACAAUAAUAUCCAAAAGCAAUAAGGAAUUAGAUUUGCUGAAGUGUCAAUUGGAAAUAGCAUUGGAACAAAAUGAAGUAGAUAAUGUGGAAAUAGACAAAUUGAAUCAAAAGCUUGAACAAGCAAUGGAUGAGUUAUCAGCUACCUUGCUGAAACAAGGGGAGCAGUUGGAACUAGCUUAUCAGGAGCUUAAUAAUUUAAGAGGCUAUGCAAGCCAGCAACAAACAAUAAUAUCCGAAAGCAAUAAGGAAUUAGAUUUGCUGAAGAGUCAAUUGGAACAAAAUGAAGUACAUAAUGUGGAAAUAGACAAAUUGAAUCAAAAGCUUGAACAAGCAAUGGAGGAGUUAAAGGAAGCUAAUCAACAAAAAAAGGUUAUCCUCACCCUUACCCAAGAGAAGCAAAGCAUUUUAUUAUCGGUUGAAGCCAAGGAAAAGGAACACAAGAAGCAAAUGGAAACAGUAAAUGUUCUUGUACAUGGGCUGUCAAAAAUGAUUGCUGAUUUUGAAUGUCGAGUAGCAGAGGAUAUCCGAAAAAAUAACAUCAGGUUGCAAUGUUUAAAAUCUCAAUUGAGUUCUCUUAUCCAGCAAGCUUGUUUACUAAGAAAUAGAGGAUUGAUGUAUAAACAGAGGCUUGAAAGGAGAUGUUCUGACCUUCAAAAGGCCGAGGCUGAGGUUGAUCUUUUGGGGGAUGAGGUGGAUACGCUUUCAAGCCUCCUUGAAAAGAUAUACAUAGCGCUUGAUCAUUACUCUCCAAUUUUACAUCACUAUCCAGGAAUUGUUGAAACCCUUAAGCUGGUUAGAAGGGAAUUAAGUGGAGAAUCUAUCAAGGCAGUUUGAUUUUCUCUUUGACUAGGUAAUGGUUCUCAUAUCAUGAACGUUUGAAGGGUGAAAUAUCCCUGCCCCCCUUAAAAUAACAAAAACCAUGCGUCAAACUCGCCAACAUAUUAAGUGCCUACUUGUUUGACUCCGGCAAGCAUAAAAUUGAUAUCCUCAGUCCUAUUCAGAACAUGGAAUGGUGAAAUUGAAGAUGUCCAGAGAACACUUGGCAGCACUAUCUUCUCUAAACCAAUGAAAGAAAUACCAUCAUGAGGGUAAGGCUUGCUUAUAAUCUAAUGUGAUGGUUUCAUCUAUCUAUUUUUAUACCAAGGAGAGACGCUCUAAAUUGGCUGUUAGCUGUGGUCUUUUGGUGUUUUUGUUGCAUUGCAGUAAUUUGUUGAACCCUUUCUGUUUUUAUGAAGUUACAUUAACCAGGCAAAGGUUUGACAUUUUUGAAUUUGGAUCUUACUGCUACAAAAACAGCGUUUUAUGGUGUACAUCCAAAACCUUCAAUACUUAAGCUGCUUUUUGAUAGAGCAUGUGGACUAAAGAACCCAUUGUUCAGAAUGCCUUGGCUUUUGCAAAGUUUAUGGGGCUCAUUGCCAAUUGCAAUUAAUAGAUGCUGCUAAAACCUACGGAAAUGAGGCAUUAACUUGCAAUAGAUUGUCGUGUUCUUCUUGGUUUCUCUUUUAGUUUGACCAAAGUAGAAAGCUUGCACAAAUUAGGAGGCAUUGUGCCUGUUUUUCAUGUGUUAAUGUGUUAUAGCAAAAUGCUAAGUGAACCAUCCAAAAGAAUCAGUCGAGGAAACAUGUGAGGCUGUGAUCUGGGUUCUUCUGACAUUCAGUAGGCCAAAUCAUAAAUCAUAAUACAACACCUAGCCUGGGGUUUGAUCAUGCAGCAUUCCCUUACAUGGUUGCCGCAAAUUUACCUUCAGCUUUGACACCUACUGUCAUAAGCUAGCCUCUGUCUUAAUUUAUUGCAUGUAGAUGAACAUUCAUAUUUAAGAAAAUAGGUUGAUUGAAAACCUGAUUGUGUCUUUCAUUGAUGUGGUGUUUCUUUGCAUUCUACAGAUAUGUUGUCCUUUGCAGCACGGUGUUCUCUUACCCUGGAGAGGAAAUUCUCACCAUUUUAUCAAUAUUUGUUGUAAAAUCAAGAAGAAAAGAGAACAACAAAUUCUUGCAGGGCUGGACCGGACUAGAGGUAUUCGAUUUCUAUUGUCGUCAUUAGUGGCAAGGGAAGAACUUUGAGUGGGGAGAGGGGAAGGCCAUCCAGCUAUCACAAACAUAGUAGGUGAUGCAGGAGGCCUCUUUGUUUCAGUACACGUUUUACUUUUGUCUCCAGUAGACAGAAAUUAGAGGUUUCUUGGUUAUUGAUAGUUCUCUCACAAUUUUGUUUGUAAUAUUGUAUAUGACCACAUUGUAAACUUCCUACUUCCUGUGC